CAAUAAAAAGGGGCCAGAGCUUGACGGAGACAUGCUUUAUGACGACCAUGGGCACUCUUAUCUCUUACCUUAGCAAAUACAUGAUUAUUGUGGAGCUGCUCUCUGCCUGCACAGGACCCCAGACUGGAUCAUGCACACUAAGGCAAAUGCAUGCUGCUGUUCGUUUGAAGACUACAAGCUGACAACAGAAUGGCUGCUGAGCCAGACGAGACACAGGCCCAAGAUCGCUGUCAUCUGUGGGUCAGGGCUGGGCCUCCUGGCCGACUGUGUCCUCAACAAGCAGACUUUCCAUUACACAGAGAUCCCCAAUUUCCCUGUGAGCACCGUCCCUGGGCAUGAGGGCCGUUUGGUGUUUGGCCACAUUAAGGAUAAGUCCUGCGUCUUCAUGCAAGGGAGGUUUCACCUUUACGAGGGAUAUUCAUUGUGUAAGGUCACAUUCCCCGUGAGGAUAUUCAAGCUGUUGGGAGUGGAGACUAUUAUUGUGACGAAUGCUUCCGGAGGCCUGUGUCAGGACUUCAAAGUGGGCGACAUUAUGAUCAUUAAGGACCACAUUAACUUGCCAGGCUUCGCGGGACAGCACCCACUGUGUGGACCCAAUGAUGAACGGUUUGGGAUCCGUUUUCCAUGCAUGUCGGAUGCCUACAGCAAAGACCUGCGGAAGCUGGCCCUGGAUAUCAGUGCUGAGCUGGGCUACUCUGACUUUGUUCGGGAGGGUGUUUACUGCAUGGUCAGUGGGCCCAACUUCGAGACUAUCGCCGAGGCCCGUAUGCUGCAAAUUCUUGGGAGUGACUCUGUGGGCAUGAGCACGGUUCCCGAGGUGACGGUGGCCAAGCACUGUGGCCUGCGUGUGUUCGGACUGUCCCUCAUCACCAACAAGGCAUCGCUGGACUACAACCACGAGGAGAAGGUCAACCACGAGGAGGUGCUGCACAUCAGCAAGAUGAGGGCGGAGAUGCUGCAGAAGGUCUUGAACACCCUCAUCGCCCGUUCCCACCAGGUCGAUGGGAUUAACAGCAACUAGGAUCCCUCUUCUCUUUCCAUUCCCUCCGGCACCUUCUCAAAGCCUACUCCCCUUGCAGGCCCAACUGGUUGUCUACUUGUAAUCACCUCAUGCCCAGAAACAACCUCUACGAGAAACUGCUACUCAACUUUUCCAUGCAGACUGAUAUUGAUGUAUGCCUGCUUUGAUGACGUAGUACAUAUAUUAAAGUGCAAAAGAAUUUAUAAAAUGACUUCCAGCUAUUAUGUUAAAUAAUUUAGCCCAUACUAUAUUAGCAUUAAGGUACUUCCAUAUCAGUUGUGUGUCCAUUUUCAUGUGAAAUUAUCUGCAUAUACAGUGGACUCCAUUGAUAAAUAUGCACAAAAAAUACUGUAAACUAAAAUAUUAUGGUAAUUGACAUAAAGAUUACUUUCCAACGUGUAAACUAGUGUGCUUUAUUAAUGUUUCAAUGGAAUCUUACAUUUUUUCAAAUAAAAAAAUUAUUUCCCAUAAAA